AUGGUUUCCACAAGAAAGCGCAGCUACGACGACGCCUCCUCCGCUCUUCCUCUGCCGGCACCAAAGCGUACAAAGAAGGUUUCCUCCGUCCCCGCUGCCUCCAUGGCUCCCAAGAAGUCCGUCUCUCGUCCAGUUUCGUCCAAGAAGUCCACACCGAAGAAGAAGACUGGCGCUCCAGCCAAGAAGAAUGUCGUCGCCAAUGUCGAACACGAAGCCAUCGUCAAUGUCCAGCCGGAAGUCCCAGCGAAGGCCACCAAGCCCGCUUCUCCUCCCGCCUCUCCUGCGGCCCCUCCUCCCAAGAAGAAGGUUCACUUCUUGCCAACGGAGAAAGGCUCCCCACCACCGAAGGAGAAUGUCGGUCCAUCGAAGAAGAAAGAGAAGAAGGCCAAAGUCCCUGCCCUCUCAAAGGUGCCAAAGGCACGAAAGAGUCCUCCCGUCCCCCGGCCCUCUGGCGCACCAAAGCCACCACCAGCACCGCCAGGAUACCCGUUCUCCAUUGGCCCACCUUCGCCCGGUCUUCUUGCUCGUGGUGGUGACGAUACUGUCACCCCACUUGCCCACGUUCCGAAUGCCCGACCAUUUGUCUCGAGAUUGGAGUGA